AAACUGUUCUACAAGCGGAGAAUCUUGGACGCUGCUCUGACUUGUGAGAUUUUGGAGGAGGGGGAUAGGAGUUACCUGGAACAUUUCUCUGGACUGAAGCAGACAGCUGAUCCGGGGAAACAGGACCCAGCACUGACAUCUAAAAUAAACAUGAUGCUGUGCAUCCCUCUCCUGUCAUCGUACUUCUAUGGAAGGUGGGCGUGGCCCCAUUCCUCCUUUCAAUACACACACAUUACAGAUGCCCUGUCAGUCGUGAUUGCUGUGUACUUCCUGUAUCUGACUGGGAAGGCUCUGUACUUGGCGUGGUGUAAGUGGGCUCUAGAUAGACUUGCCCGGGGGGUGACAGAGAUGUUAACGUGCGGGGAGGAGUUCUUCAGGGGGACCGGGAGGUGUCUGAGGCUGAUACAGGAAUCAGAACUCGUGGCCCGGGGCUUCACUCUAGUGAGUCAGAGAAGUCCUCUGUGUCGACUGGAACAGAAUGGAAUGCUGGGAUACCAAAGACAGUGUCCACAACUGAGACGGCAGCUGUUUAUCAUGUGUAGAGACUGUAUGUUAACCAGUAAAGACUGGACCGGUCAAAUGGUCACUCAACACCCUUUACCAGCUGAUCACUCCAUUAAUUUCCUGGCCCACAUUCCUUUAGAGGAGUACGGACCCUGUUUGCAGGUUGAGGGAGACAGCUCUGGGACCCUGUCGCGCCUGGAGGAGGUGACAGAUGGUUUCUCUAUAUCAGCCAUCAAGGGAAUUAAUCAUGUCUGUAGGCUGCAGUACUCGGAGUUCUGUAGAUGUGUCGUUCUACGUGUACUUCAGGCUGUAGAUUCACCAAGUAGCAGUGUUGCCCCAGAAACAGGAGGGAUUCUUGAGAAAGUCUGGGGAUGGAUCAAAGAAUUGGAGACCCUUCACAGUUACUACAGCAGUGUUACAAGUCUGUCAGACACGCUACCUCAAAAAUCAGACCUCAGUCAAAUGAAUGACCUUGACAUAGCAGUGCACAGCCUUGACCUUCAUUUACAGGCAGCCUUACUGAGGGUCAGGAAACUGUCAGUCCUUUUAAAGCAUUCAGCCAAUCAGAAUACAGAGAUUAAACAAGACAACCAAUCACAGGAGGUCGUCUGGGAUCAAAUCAAACAGGAACUACUGGCUUGCAAAGGAUGCUGGGAAGAAGGAUUGGAACGACUCAACAAGUUGUACAAAAACCAGCCACGCCAGGAAAAGACAGAAGAGGUUCCCCCUCAGACAGAGAAUACUGAGACCCCCAACCCUGUCCCCCCAGAGGACCUGUUUAACACCAGUCCCCCAAUCAUAGAGGACGAGGUGUUUGAAGCCUACAUUGAUGAGGAAACGGAAAAUGACCCAGAUUACAGCUGGGACGAGUAUCUCACACCAGAAGAAAAGGAAAAGAAGAGGCGAGAGAAACAGGAAGCCCUGCGAUUACUGACGGAGCUGAAGUCGGUGAUUUCUGUGAGGGCACUGGAGAUGGGAAGGAGAGAGAAGAUAGCCCAGGAGAGGAAGUACGGCCAUGCUACCUUGGAGAAAGAGAGUGUAGAGAGGCAAGGUUUGACCACAGAGGACCAAGAAGUGGGUCAGAAAUUAUUACAGAGGAGAAAUUCUGACAAUGAUGAUCUUCUUGAAAAUACAAACUUGGAUUUAUCCAGUGUUUCUGGGAAUGAAGGUGUUCCUCUGCAUGGAGAGCUUUGUCAUGAAGAAGAUCUGAGUUGUGAUGAGUGUAAAUUAGCUGUGGAACAGUUAAAAAGUGUGGAGUGUGAAAGUGAUCCAGACAGUAGACUUAACACAGACACUGACAUUGAUCAUCAAUGUAAAGACAGGAUAUUUACCACAGGUUCAGAGGAAUCAGUCGAUUGUUCUUUAGGAAGUUUUCGGGACUCUGUGCCAAGGAUAGGAGUUUUACCUACACAGAGUCCAGGAUUUCAGUUUUCUUCCAGUCUGGCUGCCAUGGCGGUCGCUAGGUCACGUGACUUUGGGCUGACGGAGGACACGUUUGGUGACAGUGAGUCAGAGACAGAGAACCAGGUGAAUGAGGACUAGUCCAAACACGUUACAUUUACCUGAAUCUGACUUGUAUGGUCUGAUGACUCCCUGUUUUAUUGUUUUAGUACAAUUACAGUGAAACUUGUCUAAUACAAAUUUUGAAAAUUCUGUAAUCUUGCCUUAACUUGCCAUUACACAGGAAAAUUACUCUGAAAUUUUGUUCAAUAUUCUUUCAAUGCAAAUAAUUCAGAAAUAUUUAUGUUAAAAUACCCUCUUGAAAAUGUCCCCAGAAAUUUUGCUAUAAGAACACUUCGUAUACAUGUACAUCUAAACCUUUUCAAAAAUUUUGAGCUGUAAAGUUGCAUUUCUUUCGGUUUGGCCAAACAGUAAGCAGCAUAAUAACUAACUAAAUAUCACUUCUAAAAUGAUAGAGGUAAUAUAUAGUUAAGAAAAGAUUUUUGAAUUUAGUAAGAAAAAAGUUUGCGUUAAUAUGUAUCCUUAAGAUUUAUAAACCCUCUGCUGAUGCCCAUUCAAUGCUUCUUUAUAAACUUAGGAUUUUCAAUAGUAAAUGUAUAUGCUAAAUAAAAUAAAAACAAUUAUAGCAUGGCUUGCGGGGCAAAUUUUCACAAAAUACUGAAAUUAGGCACUUCAACUUGGCAAAUUUACAAACUUUAAGGAAUAGUUAACGUUGUUGUAAUUAAGAGUAAUCUCUCUUUAGUUAUCAGAGUAUCCAUGUACCUCAGACCAGACUAUUAUUUAAUCAAGGUCAGCUGGCCAAUUUCUUUGAACUGGUGGUGUCCAGAUAAGGCAAGUUAGAAGAAUGUAGAAUGUACAUUUGGUUGUAUAAAAUCUUUACUAGUCUUUUUUGGGAAUGUGCAAUAAUUGUUGAUAUAUACAUUUGUAAUCUCAUUCUCUUUCAACUUUUUGUUUUUAUUUGACAUGUAGUACACAUAUAUGAUAAAAUUAUCCACUGCAUAUUGAACUGUGGUUUUAUUGUUUUGUGAAGUAUGUAAAUCAAUAACAGGCAUUUUUGUCACAAAAAAUAUAAAC